AUGCACGAUGCCUUUCAAGUAACCACAGUUGUUGAUAAAGUGAACCGCAUAGAAUCUAUCUUUGCACAUAGCGAUCGUCUCUUGAUUGGAACCGCUGUAGGACAACUACUAGUUUACGACAUAAAGGAACCUCUUGUGGCCGAUGAUAACGAAGUGCCCGAAGUGACUUUGGUCAAUACUGUCAAGAGUUUCUCGAAGCGUCCUAUUGAACAACUUGAUAUCAUUAAAGAAAUUGAUUGUCUCGUCUCUCUCUCUGACGGCCUUGUAAGCUUGCAUGAUCUACGCACAUUCGACCUGAGGAUGACUUUGGGCAAGACGAAGGGUGCAAAUAUGUUUGCAAUACAAACCAUGGUGGAGAGAUCCAAGGACCAUAUUCCUGUACUCACGACACGCCUGGCCGUAGCGCUCCGGAAGAAACUACUUGUUUUUGUAUGGAAAGAUACUGAAUUCUACGAAACAAAGGAAUUGAAUAUACCAGAUCGCAUCAAAGCAAUGUCUUGGGUUGGGAGCACCAAGAUAUGUCUAGGAUUUGCAACAGAAUAUGCGUUGAUGGAUGUAGAAGGGGAGCGGCUCACUGAGCUUUUUGCACCUACAGGUCCAUCUGAAGCGGGACCAAUGAGCACAUUGAACAGCUUAUACAACAUGUCUAUUGGUUCGCGAGGAGGAAAACCAAUGGUCACCAAGAUACCCAACAACGAAAUGCUACUUGCUCGUGAUCACGUCAGUAUUUUCUUGGGCUUAGAUGGGACUCCAACACGAAAAGUGGGGAUCGAAUGGUCAGGGACACCCGAGCAAAUGGGUUACUCGUACCCUUAUGUUAUUGCUAUACUACCCAAGCACGUGGAAGUUCGCAACAUCCAAAGCCUUGCUCUAGUUCAGCAGAUCGACCUACCUAGUGCACGUUUUUUGAACCAAGGAAAAUUGGUCUACGUCGCAAGCACAUCUCAAAUAUGGCGUUUGACUCCCUAUAGCUUCACUACACAGAUCGACCAACUAGUAGAGAAGCAGGAAUACCGAGAAGCGAUAAGCUUACUAGAACAGAUCGAUGCAGUAUUGGUUGACAACAAAGAGGAAAAACUCAAAUGUAUUCGGACUCUGUACGCACACGAUUUGUUUCGACGUGGUCAAUAUGACACGGCUCUUGCCACAUUCCAGGAGCUAGAUACUGAUCCAGCUGAUGUCAUAAGCCUGUAUCCGGAAAUGAUAUCUGGUAGCCUUGCUCGCACCAGUAAUCAAGAACAGGAUGAUGAAGAGGCGUUAUCGAAUUCAGUACGAACGAAGAAGGCUGAAGAUCUUACUGAAGAACAACAAUCGACUAGACCAGCAAGUAUUAUGUCUGCUCGUAGUAAAACCUCGAAUACCACCAAACUUAAUGAGGUUGUCUCUCUCACGGGAUUGAACUUGCACGAUGCAGUAUCAUAUUUGAUUCGAUUUUUAACCGAGAAGCGAACAAGACUUUCAAAGAAAUUGGCUACCAGUUCGCCGCGCUCUUCAUCAUACAAUGCAUCAGGACACUUCCAGUCGGAUGAAGAAGAAGCUAAACUGCUGCGUCAGGCAACAUUGGUUGAUACCGCCUUGCUCAAGUCCUAUAUGAUGACGAAUGACGCUUUAGUUGGGCCACUUCUUCGUGUGCAGAAUCAUUGCGACGUACAAGAAUGUGAAACAAUUUUAUCUGACAAGAAAAAAUACAAGGAGUUGGUGGAUUUGUAUAACUGCAAAGGUUUGCAUUCUCACGCUUUGGAUCUACUCGAAAGAUUAGGACGGCAAUCCGAAGGACCACUGCGCGGUGUGCUACCAACAAUCCGCUAUCUCCAGCGCCUAGGACUUGAACAGUUUGACUUGGUACUCAAAUACUCUAAAUGGGUACUAGAAAAAGACGCCGCACAUGGCAUGGACAUUUUUAUUGAUGACCUUGCUGAAGUCGAAACCUUCCCUCGAGACAAGGUCUUGCACCAUCUUGAAACGAUAUCGGAUGAUUUGGCUAUCCAGUACCUUGAAUAUGUUAUCCACGAACUGCGUGACACGCUUCCUGAUUUCCAUAACAAGCUGGCUAUUGCAUAUUUGAAUAAGAUAAUGGAUGAGCAACUCCAAGAUGAUACCAAGAGAUCCCAACUACGAAAUAGGAUGCUUGCAUUCCUGAUGGAGUCAACACAUUAUCGUGCCGAAAAAAUUCUACCGCGUUUGCCAUUGGAAGAGUUAUAUGAAGAGCGGGCUAUCCUACUUAGUCGUAUUGGACAACACGACCAAGCGCUUGAUAUUUAUGUUUACAAGUUGAAGAACUAUAGCAUGGCAGAAGAGUAUUGCACUAAAGUUUACCGCGAGGAUCCUGCCAAGGGUGAAAGAAUGUACCUGACCUUACUACGAGUGUACUUACAACCGAAGCAUCAUGAACAACCUUUAUUGCAGCCUGCGCUGGAUUUAUUGGCACACCAUGGUUCGCAUAUUAAUGCAUCCGAGGUAUUGACCAUUUUGCCUCUAUCGACCGGUCUACAUGGUCUUUUCCCGUUUUUUGAGAAAUACAUUCGCGAGACAAACAAGAAGAGAAAUAUGGACAUGAUAGUUAGGAACUUGCUUAAAGCUGAGCAGAUACAGGUCGAAGAGCAACUCACAUAUUUUCAAUCGCGUGCUGUCAAGAUUACUGAAGAUCGCAUGUGUCCUCAGUGCAAUAAGCGUAUUGGAAACAGCGUAUUUGCCGUCUUCCCAAAUGGGAUAGUUGUCCACUAUUCGUGCAAAGAAAAGAUUGAACAGACUCAAUGGAAGCUAUUGUAG